AUGUCACCUCCGCUAAGGAGCGGGUCCCAGACCUCUCGGGAGACCGUGAACGAAGCUGCGGUCAAAGGACUGUUUCCAUCAGUGAGUGCUCCAGCGGACCGCGGAGACAGUGACCCUGGUAGUGUGGCGGUGGACGUGUCGGAGGCGCAGACGUCGGCUUCGUGGCUGCAGGCGCAGCAGCAGCUGGCGCAGGAGCGGCGCAGCUACGAGAAGCGAGUCAUCGCGCUGGAGCGCCGGCUGCGCCAAGUGCUCAGCGAGCUGCAGGUGACGCGCUGCCAGCUGGCCGAGGCGCUCACCACGCAGGACUACCGCGGCAGACAGGUCUCCCCUCUGGACGUGGGCAGUGAGUCGAGCGUGAGCCUGGUGAGCAGCACGAUGGACGCCAUGCUCUCCACCGCCUCCGUGGGCUCCGACAGCGCCAGCGAGGCGAGAUCCAGCGCCUCGGUGUCGCCGACGUCCACGUGCACGGUCGUCUAUCGCAGCAAACGUAGGCCUGACACCCGUUCGUCCAUCUCCUCCACAUCUGUGGAUGCCAGUGACGCCUUCGCUUCGGCGUGUACCGUGCUUGACAGCGCUGUGAAGGUUCUGCCUCAGGAUAAGAAGUUGUUGGCUCCACACCCACCGAGACCGACCCCCAAGCUGCUGACGCCGUCGACGUCGAUGCUGGACAUAACCGUUGCUGAGUCGCGGCCAGAGACCAGGCAAGCCCAGGCCCGUGACAAGGCUCCUCAGCAGCAGCAGCACAGGGCAGCGACUGAAUCUUCGUCCGAAUCCAGCUUCGUUUCCAGUGUCAGUGAGAGCGAAAGCAGUGUUAGCGUCAGGAAGAGACCUCCACCGCCACCAAGCAGCAGUUGGACGCAGUCGUCUGCGAAAUGGCUGCGAGAAAUGCAUCGACUGGUGCAGGUGCUGCGCACCGCUCCUCAGCAACCACAUAGUUCGGAUCAGACCACUCAGGCGCCAGAGUCUGUUCCCUCCUCCAGUGAAGAACCAAGUGACGCCACCGGCAAGCGCAGUGUUGCUGUCGUCACAAGCACGGAGCAGCAACCAGUUCCCACUGCAUCUAGUGAGGUGUCUUCCACGGAGAUAAAAACGUCUGGCAGAAGCCUGCUGAGCCGGAUGGUAAACGCCCUGCUGUCCAGCUCCAGCACCACAGAAUCUGUUUUAGAAACAAGGGCAUCCGACGAAGUUUCUAAAGCUCACAGUGACGCUGUCGUACCCAGUACGGCAGAAAUAGAGCACACCAAAGACAAGCAAGACACACCUACCCUCAGUUCUGAUCAUUCAGAUCACGCUUGCAGUGUGCCACCCACAGAGGAGACCGCCGCUGGCAAAGGCUUGUUGAGUCGUGUGGUGAACGCCUUACUGCCUUCCUCCUCUACCGCUGUGGCUUCUGUUUCCCAGACGAGGACUGGUGGUGAAGACUCAAAAGCAGGCAGUCAGGAAGCCAUCUCGAGUCCGGCGGAAGUCGAGCACCCUGACAGAAAACGUUCUACAAAUGCCAUCGUCUCCAGUGUCUCUUGCAUGUUGGGGCUGAGCGCGGAUCGGAGAGGCCCCGCCGCCCCGGAGCAAUCGGCAGAGGCUGCACCGCUACCGCGACACUGGCUUCUCGCACUCGCAGACCGACUGCUGCCCGCCACUACGCCGCCCCAACAACCCGCGUCCUGA